UUUAACAGACUUUUUCUAAGAUAGCUGGGGUUGUUGACUACAUUUCAAAACUCUGUGUCAGGUGUGGAGGGAUCAAAGAAAAAUAUAAUGUAUUUAAAUUGUGAUUGAAAAUGCUUCAAAUGAGAGAAAUUAGAGGAACUAUGUGAAAAAAACUAGCACAUAAUGGUGUAAAAAUGUGUUUUCCUUUUGAAUUUUUUGGAAGUGUGUAGGAUGUUUUAAAAUAUUACCAUCUCACAUGUACUUGAACUUUCCUUGAACGUUACAUGGCUGCUGUGUCUGGCUCAAUAAUUUCUACUAUUAAUACUUUGCAGACUAUUCAUUAAAGUUAACUGUGCAAAUGUGAUACCAGUUUGAAACCAUUCACUAGAAGGAUAUUAACUUGAUAAAAUUCACAUUAUUUACAUUAUCAAUAUGUGAUGGGUUUCUUCUACAAACAAAAUAUUGACAAGUUCUUUUUUUUUUUAACUCUGGUUCCAGAAACAAUCCAUACAGCUCACCAUCAACAGUUUUUAUCUUAAACAUGUUUUAUGGAAGAAAUGGUCCUCCUGGUCUGCUGAUUACCCUGAGUAACUAGUAACCAUGUCGUACUGAUGUAACAGGCAACACCUGAAAGUUGAAAUCUGAGAAAAAUCCACAUUUGCUGCUCCUGUCUAUGCCACCAUGAGAAAUCUGAGUAAGGCUGAGCCUCUGGUUGAGGCAGCAGGUCGGACCCUGGGCCGGACCUUGGAGAUCAAGCAGCUGGACGUAUGUGACGAGGCUUCCAUCAAAGCCUGCGUGGACAGUCUGCCUGAGCGCAGGGUAGACAUUCUCAUAAGUAAUGCUGGGAUGGGUCUGAUUGGACCCAUUGAGUGUCAGUCUAUUGAAGAGAUGAAAAGUGUCAUGGACACCAACUUCUUUGGACUUGUGCGAUUAAUGAAGGAAAUCCUGCCCGACAUGAAGAGAAGGAAAAAAGGUCAUAUUGUGGUCAUUAGCAGCGUCAUGGGGAUUCAGGGGAUUUUAUUCAACGAUAUCUACGCAGCAUCUAAGUUUGCACUGGAAGGCUUUUGUGAAAGCCUAGCGAUACAAGCCCUGAGGUUUGGUCUAAACAUCAGCCUGAUAGAGCCAGGUCCAGUGAUAACCGAGUUUGAGCGUAAGGUUUAUGACGAGGGCCUAAAGAUUGAUCUCAGCAAAGCAGACAAAGUGACUGCUGACAUGUUCACAAAUGUCUACUUAAAGAACUACAAACAGAUCUUUGAAACCCUCGGACAGACUCCUGAGGACGUGGCAGAGCACACCCUCAAGAUCCUCAUCAUGGACAAUCCCCCUUUCCGGCACCAGACAAACACUCUCUAUACCCCUAUGACCACACUCAAGUACGCUGACCCAAAUGGUGACCUCCCGAUUGAAACGUUUUACAAAAUGGUGUUUGAACACGACAAGGUCUUCACGGCCAGCCUGAACUUCAUCAAGCUUUUGCAGUGGAGAAGCCGAAAGAGUUUUAAGUUAGAGAAGAGCAACUGAAUCAUGUCAUAUCUUUGUUAUUUUUGUGACAUGGGCAUAUUUGGCUGUUAUUGUCUAGCAGUGUUACCUCCCUGAAAUAAAUAAAGCUAUGAAAUGCCAUGA